ACCGCUACACCGACUCCUUCUCUGAACAAGCAUUCAUCCCGGAGAAGCUGCUCGUUCAAACCCAAAAGAUGGCCCUCACAAACUCCACCGGUCCAUCCGCAAAGCCAGCCGGCGCUCCGAAGCAAUCCAUGUCGGAACUGAAGUUGAAGCGACUGAAUGAGUUGAAUGCGCGUUUGCGGGAAGAUUUGGAUAGACCGCGAAUCAAGGCUUCUGAGGCUUGUGAAUCGUUGAUCCAGUACACGAAGACUACAAAGGAUUAUAUGGUACCAUCAGUUUGGGGUCCCGUCGACAAACGCGACGAUCCUUACGCGCCGCAAGGUGGAGGCGAUGGCGGUUGCUGUGUCAUAUCCUAAGUUGCUUGCCGUCAGUUGGUACUAGUCCUUCGGUUCAGAAAAAGGGGGUUAGAGGUUGCCGAGUGGUCAUACGUUAAAUGCGUAGCAUCGUGACCAUUCCCGAGCUUUCGCAUGGAUGUUAUCUCGUUUGUCUUUUUGGGUAUUCUUUUUGGUUCUGU